ACGUUAGCUCUUCUCGGCGUAAAAGUCGAAAAGCGCAUUUCACUGCUCCAUCCUCUGUUCGAAGAAAAAUGAUGAGUGCUUCAUUAUCAAAGGAACUUAGAGACAAGUACAAUAUUCGAUCAAUCCCAAUUCGAAAAGAUGAUGAAGUUCGUAUUGUGCGUGGCAGUGGCACAAAUAAAGCUCAUGGAAAAGUAAUUCAAGUUUAUCGUAAAAAAUGGGUGAUUCAUGUUGAGCGUGUCAAUAGGGAAAAAAUAAAUGGUACAACUGUUCCUAUUGGUAUUCAUCCAUCAAAUGUUGUUAUUACCAAGUUGAAACUCGAUAAGGAUAGAAGGAAUUUAUUGAAACGAAAAGAUAGAUCUGCUUCUAAUAAAGGUAAAGGUAAAGCAGCUGAAACAGACGAUGCCAUGGAAGAG